CGCAACGCGUGCGGGUCCACAACUAGUGAAUGUAAGGGGAGACAAUUGAUGACUUUUAUACCUUUGCUCAAUUGAUGAGAACUGGGCCCUUGAGGUCAGAUGGGCUUGCUAUGCUGACUGGGCUUGGUUGACUUAGCAUGCUUUUAGAAGAUUGAAUCUUACUUUUAGACUUUUAUAAUUAAAUUAUUUGGACUGACCCAAUUAGUAAUAGCUGAAUUGGACCCAAACAACUAAUUUGGUGAUCCGUUGCUUCUACGCUUCCAACAUCCACUACAUCUUCUUCCUCUGCGCUUAGGGUUAAUGAUGCACACUGUUCUGCCAGAUUAUCGGCCAUAACGCCGGAGAAUAACCGUAGCCCUAGGUUGCUUCUUCUUCUUAAAAAAAAAAAAAGGUCUAAAUCUUCUUCUUCUUCCAGCUGGAUUCUCUCUCUUUGUGAAAAGUGAAAACCACCGCGGCGAUGGAAACUGUUAACUGUGUACGUUUUUAUGGGUCAUUUUGGAAGCAGCAUGGCUCAUACCUUGUUCGCCUUCCCCAUAGACCUCUGUAAUGGUAAUGGUAAUGGUGAUGAGAAAAAUCGAAGGAUAGAGCCAAUCAUAGAAUUUCCGGCCCCAGAAUACCCUCUAGUAAUGGCCAGUGCACAACUGGGUUCCAGGAUUUACUUCGUGGGCGGAGAGCGCGACAGUUGGCAGUCGGAGUUGGAGGCCAAUCAGAAAUAUCCUCCCGAUGUGUAUGUGUUUGAUGAACAGCAGAAGACCCAGAAAUUAGAGGUGGGGAUGAAGAUGAAUACAGGUAAGCCCAGCCCGGUGGCGUUCGCGGCGGAUGGAAAAUUGUUCGUCCUGGGUAGUUGCGGCGGACCAAGUCUGAUUAGCUACGCCUUUUUGUGGCCCACCGGCUUAGCCUCCUCGUCCAUGCGGUUCUUCGAGGUGUUUGAUCCCACCACCAACGAGUGGACCCUCCUGGAUGACCCACCCGUCACCACUCCCACCAUCUGGGUUUCCUCAGUGGUGGUGGGCCGGAGGGUGUACGUUUACGGGCGGAUUGUCGGGGAGGGCACAUCUGGGGUUGUGCUCUCCUUCCAUCUGGACUCCUACGAAUGGGAAUCAGAGCAUUCCAAUGAUCCCCAAUUUCAACAACUUCGCCGCCAUAUGCCCAAUCGCAUUCUCCUUGGUGACACCUACUAUGGGCUCUCGCAGCGUGAUGACUGGGUGGUGCGGCAGAAGUUAACAGAAGAGGAUGAACAACUAUUAUUCCGUCUCCGUGGAGCUGAUUAUUAUGAAAGCACCAGUGGGUUUUGCCACCUUUGGGACACCCUUUUCUGCACAGUAGUCACUGGCUCUUUACAUGAUCCGGGGGUUCCAGGAAUUAUGUUGGAUCAGUAUCGCCGCUUCUUUUCUAUUCGGGUUUUCCGGGAGAUACAGGGACCGCUACCAGAAUCCAUAUCAACAGACUUGUUGUAUUCUGCUGGUUACCUCUUCCAAUCCACCUACUCCAGUAUUGGCCCCCUCUUGGGGUGUUACACUUUCCUCCAUUCUGGCAACACACCUGUUGGAAUUCCAUCGGUGUCUCGGCUCCUCGACGGCAAGUCUGGAUCCUAUCCCAGAAAAACGGAUUGUUUUGUUGUGCUAAUGAGUGCAUAAAUUGCAUUGACAUGAACAAUACAAUCCCCGCCAUCAUAAUAACCAUUUUUGUUCCUACGUAUGCUUUCAUCUUUUUCUCUCUGUAUAUAUGAUAUGAAUUUUUAACGUAUGUUUUGUACAUUUGGUAGGUAAGUCUAAUAUAUGAGAACUUAUAUACAUGUAUCGUUGUAUAUACAUACGAAGUACGAAUUAUAUGAUAGUGUGCCUCACGUAGAUAUAAACCAUGGUCUGUGCCGGCCACCAGUUUUGUAUAAUACUAGUAUUUUGCCGGCUCGCUUCAUGAACAUGAUACAUGCUUCGCUCGUCAUAAGUUUAUUAUAUAUGCUAGGUCAAGCAAGCAAGGAGGCAGCCAAUUCUUUAGGAGCACAUACGUAAGAUGGAUUGCGACCACCGCCAAUGACUCAACAUUGGAUGACUUAUAUAAUUAUAUUAUAAGAGUUAUUCAAUUUAGUCAUUUUCCUACACUAGGCGAAAAUACGAAUUCCCCACCGGUUCAAACCCCCAUUUCGCACCGAUUUUGAACCGGGCCGAAUUUGGGGGUGCUAAAACCCCAUAGAUUUCGCACCGGUUCAAAACCGCAGUUUUUGGCAUCGGUUUUCCCAUAGAACCGGUGCCAAAAGUCCCCAAAAAUAUUUAUAAAAAAAACU